AUGAGAAAUUUGGCUAAUCUAAACUAUGUAAUGUUUAAAAAUUACAAACAACGGAGAGGGGAGUCCAUCUCUGAUUUGGCGGCGGAAAUUGAGAGGCUGUCGCAGGCCGCGUUUGGGGAUUGCCCAAUCGAAGUUAGGGACAAGCUCGCGGCCUCUCAGUUCAUUGCCGCGCUAGCCAAUGAGGAGAUGAAGCGGACGUUGCGACUCGGCGGUUUCGUCUCAUUACGAGCCGCGGUUGUGAGAGCUCUAGAGAUCGAAGCCGUCGAGGCGGUGUUGACGCCAUUUAUUAGGCCCGAACAGUAUCUCAAGCCUUUUCCUUUUUCGGAGGGGGAGUCUCGUAAAAGAAGAUUCGGAGAAGGAAGGCCAACGGAAGAGGAGACUGGAAGCGAGAGGCCCAUGGAAUGUUGGAGCUGCGGGGAAACGGGGCAUAUGCGGUGGAACUGCCCUAAGAAGAGUCAGAAGAAGUCUGCGUAG